AUGUGGAGAUAGUAUUUUAUUUUAAAAAUAGAAGAAUGUGAUAAUAAUAAUCUUUAUCAUAAUUGUAAUUAAUGUUAAACUACUUGUGAUAAGAAUUGUUUAUAUUGUGACGGAGGAAUUUGUGUAAAAUAUUUUAAAGGGUAUAGAUAUGAAUAAUCAACUUAAAAAUAUAUUCAAUUUUGUGAAAAUGAAAUAAAAAAGAUUUAAUUUGUGAAAAUGGAAAUAAUUUAUUAAAUGAUGGAUACUAUAAAUGUCAAUUAAAUUGUUAAUCUUAUUGUACUUAAUGUAGUUUUAAAAGGUGCCUUGAUUGUAAUUUAAUAGGAUGCAAAUUAAAUAAUGAAUAUAAUAAUUUCGAAACUGUGUUACUUAUCAUAAUAUGAAUAAUGUAAUGAUGCUAAUAAUAUUCAAUAUGAUGGUUGUUAUUUAUUUUAAUUUUGA